AUGUCCUCAUCUUUCAUGAGAGAGUUUGCACACCUCCAAAUUCCACUAGAAUCCAUUAUAUGUGCCACUAACAACUUUGCUAACAGCAACUUCAUUGCGAAAGGUGCAUAUGGUAAAGUAUACAAAGGAGAUUUCUCAAGCUCGGAGGGUCCAACCAUCAGUGCUGUAAAGCGCUGGAAUCCUUUGAAUGAAGAGGGAGGUCCGGAGUUUGGAAGGGAGAUCAUGUUGCUUUCCGAAAAUAUACAUGAAAAUCUCAUCACACUCUUAGGAUUCUGUGAUGAGAAGAAGGAAAGAAUCCUUGUGUAUGAGUAUGCACCUAAUAAAAGCCUCGACUUUCAUCUAGAAGACCCCAAAUUGACGUGGGUUCGACGUCUCAAGAUAUGUCUUGAGACUGCACGUGGUUUGCAGUAG